GCUGACCGCCGGCCUCCGCAGGGUCGCGGGAGCCGCGCGGCGGAUGGGAGGGGCUGGAGCGAAAGUUGCGGGCGCGGGAUCCGGUAUCCGGGGCAAUGGAAGCGGGGCCCGCCUUGUCCCCCGGGCCUUCCCGAUCUUUCAAGGAGGAGCUGCUCUGCGCCGUCUGCUACGACCCCUUCCGUGACGCCGUGACUCUGCGCUGCGGCCACAACUUCUGCCGCGGGUGCGUGACCCGCUGCUGGGAGGUGCAGGUGGCACCCACCUGCCCGGUGUGCAAGGACCGCGCGGCCCCCGCCGACCUGCGCACCAACCACACCCUCAAUAACCUCGUGGAGAAGCUGCUGCGCGAGGAGGCCGAGGGCGCGCGCUGGACCGGCCACCGCUCUCCGCGCCUCUGCCGCCUGCACCGCGGCCAGUUCAACCUCUUCUGUCUUGACGACAAGGAGCUGCUGUGCUGCUCGUGCCAGACCGACCCCCGGCACCAGGGGCACCGCGUGCAGCCGGUGAAGGACACUGCCCACGACUUUCGGGCCAAGUGCAGGAACAUGGAACACGCGCUGCGGGAGAAAGCCAAGGCCUUCUGGGCCAUGCGGCGCUCCUACGAGGCCAUCGCCAAGCACAAUCAGGUGGAGGCUUCUUGGCUGGAAGGGCGAAUCCGGCAGGAGUUUGACAAGCUUCGAGAGUUCUUGAGAGUGGAGGAGCAGGCUAUCCUGGAUGCCAUGGCCGAGGAGGCCAGGCAGAAGCAGCUUCUGGCCGAGGAAAAGAUGAAGCGGCUGGCGGAAGACACGGAGGCCCUGGCCCAUGAGAUUGAGCGGCUGCAGAUGGAGAUGAAGGAGGAUGACGUUUCCUUUCUCAUGAAACACAAGAGCCGAAAACGCCGCCUCUUCUGCACGAUGGAGCCAGAGCCUGUCCAGCCUGGUAUGCUCAUCGACGUUUGCAAGUACCUGGACUCCCUGCAGUACCGAGUCUGGAGGAAGAUGCUCGUGUGUGUCGAAUCUGUGCCUUUCAGCUUUGAUCCCAACACUGCGGCUGGCUGGCUGUCCGUGUCAGACGACCUCACCAGUGUCACCAACCACGGCUACCGGGUCCAGGUGGAGAAUCCGGAGCGCUUCUCAUCGGCACCCUGCCUGCUGGGCUCCUGCGUCUUGUCGCAGGGCUCGCAUGCCUGGGAGGUGGACCUGGGGGCACUGCCGAGCUGGCGCGUGGGCGUGGUGCGGAUGCGCCAGGACGCGGGCGCCGAGGGCCACUCGCACAGCUGCUACCACGACACGCGCUCGGGCUUCUGGUACGUGUGCCGCACACAGGGCGUGGACGGCGACCACUGCGUGACCUCGGACCCCGCCACAUCGCCCCUGGUCCCCGCCAUCCCGCGCCGCCUGCGCGUGGAGUUGGAGUGCGAGGAGGGUGAGCUGUCCUUCUACGACGCGGAGCGCCACUGCCACCUGUACACCUUCCACGCCCGCUUCGGGGAGGUACGGCCCUACUUCUACCUGGGCGGCUCGCGGGGGGACGGGCCCCCCGAGCCGCUGCGCAUCUGCCCCCUGCGCAUCACCGUCAAGGAGGAGCUGGAUGGCUGAAGCCUGCCCUGCCUGAUGCCGCCGGGUCUCGCGCCCCGGUCCCGUUUUCUUUCUGUCUCUUCCCAAAGGCACACUUGCCUUGGUACCUCUCUGCCUCCCGCCUUCUUGCCAGGAUCUUCCUACUGGCCAUCCUGUCCUUUUCUGUGGCGCCAGGCCAUGUACCUCCUCCCUCAUUUUUGGUCCCUUCUCUACCCACCUCUGAAAGUUAUCCAGGAGACACCUCCCUGAUUAGGCUUUUUCCAAAGUUGUGGCAUCCUCUGGAUGUGAAUUUUCUGGUUCACAUUCUAAGAUUGCUGGGGAUAAUGUUUGCUUCUAAGAAUGGGUCUGUUUAAAAAUGUAAGUUUCAUCAUUUUCCAAGAGUGGUGAGGCCAGCAGACUGGAAGAGGACUGCUGUUGAGAAGAGUUUGUUACUCACAGUCUGCAGGAGGAGGGC